UCAGCGCCUCGUUUCUCUGCAGACCUCCACCAUCUCUUUUCCACUCCUCUCCAUCUUCUCACAUUUCACCUUCACCUCUUCCCUUUCUCCUCAUUUCUCCACCUGCUCUUGUCUUUUGACCUCAUAACCUGAUUUUCUCCCUCCAAUCGGUUUACCUGCCUCCUCUCCCCGUCUCUCCUCCUCCCCUCUCUCUCUCUCUCUCUCUCUCUCUCCCCUUGCCUCUCUAUUUCCAUCUUUGAGCUUUAUCCCUUCAUCCCUUAUCUCCUUCAUCCCCUCCAAUCCUCAUCUGCUCUUCACCGUGUGGAGGAAGGGAGACAGAAAGAGAGAGUUUUCCCAGGAGCGAGCUGCGAGCAGUGUGCCGGGGGAGAGCGAGCAGGUCGUGCACCCUGGGGUUGUGGAAUCUAAGAGAGCUCCGAGAAGGGAACGCCGAGUCGGACGUGUCUGGGGACAGGUGCAGCAGGAAAAGCCCGAAGCACGUUGUGAGUGUGGAAAAAGAGUCGCACGUUCGGUUUGUCUUCUCCGUCAGUAACAUCCCCGAGCAACCGUCGCCAUGGCAGCUGAGAAGGCUGAAGUGGAUGCACUGAAAAAGGAGUGCGAUGGCCUCCGCAAGCAGAUCGAGGCGGCCCGUAAGGGCGUGAACGACGGCAGCAUGUCCGGAGCAGCAGGGGGCGUGGCCGCGGUGGGCCGAGUCCAGCUGAAGCUCAGGAAGACGCUCAAGGGUCACCUGGCCAAAAUCUAUGCCAUGCACUGGUCAGCUGACUCCAGGUCAAUGGUCAGUGCGUCACAGGACGGGAAGCUCCUCGUCUGGGACACGUUCACAGGCAACAAGCUGGUCGCCGUGCCACUAAAGUCCGCCUGGGUGAUGAGCGUCGCCUUCGCCCCGUCCGGGAACCUGGUGGCGAGCGGUGGCCUGGACAACAUGUGCACGGUCUACAACAUCAAGGCCGCCAGCCCCAAGACCCUGAGGGAGCUGGACGCGCACACAGGUUACCUGUCCUGCUGCCGCUUCCUCAGCGACACGGAGAUCAUGACGGCCUCUGGUGACACCACCUGCUGCCUGUGGGACCUGGAGACCGGCAAGCAGAAGAUCAUCUUCACCAACCACAUCGGCGACUGCAUGUCGCUGGCUCUCUCCCCCGACCAGAACACCUUCGUCUCUGGAGCCUGCGACUCUCUGGCCAAGCUGUGGGACCUGAGGGAAGGCGCCUGCAAGCAGACCUUCAGCGGACACACCAGCGACAUCAACGCCAUCAAUUACUUCCCCAAUGCGAACGCCAUCAUCACGGGCUCCGACGACUGCUCCUGCAAGAUGUACGACCUGCGCUCCGACCAGGAAGUCAUCAGCUACCAGGACAGCAGCCUGAACGCCGGCGUCACGUCCGUGGCCCUGUCCAACUCCGGGCGCCUCAUCUUCGCCGGCUACGACGACUUCAACUGCCACAUCUGGGAUUCCCUGAAGGGAGAGAAAGUUGGCGUACUGUCCGGCCACGACAACAGGGUGAGCUGCACCGGCGUCCCUGAGGACGGAAUGGGCGUCUGCACAGGAUCCUGGGACAGUUUCCUCAAACUCUGGAACUGAGGACAAACGCCAGGAGGAGGAGGAGGAGGAAGAGCAGGAGGAAGAGGAGGAAGAGCAGGAGGAAGAGCAGGAGGAGGAGGAGGAGGAAGAGGAGGAGGAAGAGCAGG